CAUCUUUCUCUCUCCCUCUCCCUCUCCCUCUCUCUCUCUCUCUCUCUCUCUCUUCACUUCACACCUAUAAUAUAAGACUUCCAAGUUUGGAAACGCAACUCUGGCAAACCCAAAACACGUUACUAGCUAUUAGAGGUACCCUUUAUUAAUAUUAACUCCCACUCUCUUCAUUGCUUCUAUCAUUCUCUCUCUGUCAAUUCCUCACCAUGCAAAAGCAAGAGGAAUUGAAUGCCGAGUGCAAGGAUCACAUGCAAAUCAUCAAGGGCAAGCGCACGAAGCGACAAAGGCUUCCAUCUCCACUUAGGUUAACCAUGUCAACAACAUGUUCCAGUUUAGGAGGAAGAAGCAGCACCGAAAAUUCCCUAGGAUUUGAUCUACCAACAACCUCAAAUGAAUCAAGGAACGAAGAGGAAGACAUGGCAAAUUGUUUGAUUCUCUUAGCUCAAGGUGAUCGCAACAAUAGUACCCCAAAACCCUCACACAACAACAAGGGGGGGUUAUACCUUUAUGAGUGCAAGACUUGUAACCGAUGCUUCCCUUCAUUUCAAGCCCUUGGUGGCCACAGAGCCAGCCACAAGAAAUAUUAUUCCAAGGCAAGUGCAGAAGAAAAGCAAGGAGUUCUUGCAACUUUUGUGAAUGAAGUGGAUAAUAAUAAUAAUCAUAAUCAUGAUGAUUAUUAUUGUGACACCACAAGCACCACCCUCACCUUACAAUUAUCAACGGCUUUGUAUAAUAAUAAUAAUAGUAGCAGCAACACUAGGAUGAGUACUAUUAAUGCUAAGUGUAAAGUUCAUGAGUGUUCCAUAUGUGGGGCAGAAUUUUCAUCUGGGCAAGCCUUGGGGGGACACAUGAGAAGGCAUAGAAAUUUUGGGAGUGCACCUACGUGUGGGGCAAUUAAUGCAAAUAGAGAAUCCAAGAAACACAACAAAGAUGUUUUGAACUUGGACUUGAAUCUUCCGGCACCUGAGGAUGAUCAUCACAGAGAAUCCAAGUUGUUUCCUUUUCAGGCCAAAGAAAAAGUUAUUGUCUUCUCAGCAACUUCUUCUUUGGUGGAUUGCCAUUACUAAAGUUGAAGUUUGUCCUUUCUCUAUAAAUUAGCCUCACCGAGAACUUCUCAUU